UCCAUGUACAGCUGGUAUCAUUGCCCAUGUGCAAUAAGGGGAACGUGACAAAGAAACUCUCAUAAGUUUGGAGAAACAACAAUUGAGUAUAACAUCGUGAGUUCGGUCCUCAUCUCGCCUCCGAAGCCAACUAAGUCAUGGCACCAGCAACGGAGCAGAGAGGCAGCUCGAAGCCAGCCGAGAAGAAAGGGACGUGGCAAGCGUUCCUGGACUUCUUCACCAAACCGGUGUGCUACAUGAUUUCUUUCUCGGCGCUUGGCAUCCUGCAAGGCUGUUACUACUCCUACCUCAUCGGCAUCAACACGACGCUGGAAAGGCGGUUUGCGUACGGCAGUCGCACGGCGGGCUUUAUCUUCUUCGCGGACAACUUCGGCCCCAUCCUACUGGGAGUCUUCAUUGGCACGUACAGCCCGAAAAGACACAGGCCCAGAUGGGUGGGAGUCGCUGCCAUCCUCAUGGGCGCCUCGUGCCUACUCGCCUCGCUACCAUAUUGGCUGUUCGGCAAGGCGGAUGAGGCGUUCAGCAUGACGGACCCCGAGGUCGAGUCUGACCUGAACCACUUCUGCCACGACCAAGAAGAAGAGCGACGCUUCGGAGAACUCAACUGCGCCCAGUCACGCAAGACCGAGACGCUGCCCGCCCUGCUACUUCUUGUCAGCUGCAACUUCCUCACGGGCAUUGGCACGGCCGUCUACUACUCGGCCGGCACGGCCUAUCUUGACGAACUCGUCAGUAGGAAGCACUCGGCCGUCUAUAUGGCAAUCAUGACCGUCGUUCGAGGUUGCGGGCCCUGCCUGGGAUUCAUUAUUUCAGCGCUUAUUCUGGCAGUCUACGAAGACCCGUUUUACAGCCCAGGAUUCGCAGACGAAGACCCGCGGUGGAUAGGUGCCUGGUGGCUGGGAUUCGUCAUUCUCGGCUGCCUCCAGCUACUGUUCUCCGUACCGCUCUUCUUCUUUCCCAGACGCCUGGCUGACGAUGAAUCGGACAAGCCGACUGAGGAAGCGGAGGAUAUGAGCAUCAGAGAUGCAUUCCACGCUUCAAAGAGGCUCAUUAAGAACCCGAUAUUCGUCGCACAGAUGUUUGCCCACGUCUUCAAGUGGUUUGGCGUCCUCGGCUUUUGCACAUACGUCCCCAAAUAUGUGCAAGAGCAUUUUCAGCAGUCUCCUAGCGCUGCUUCAGUUUUAAGUGGAACGUUUCCAAUAGGAUGCGCCAUGGUUGCGACGCUCGGUGGUGCAUUCCUGAUGAAGACGUUUAGGCCCUCUGCUCGCAUACUUACCGCCAUCAUUUUCGCAACGGAGCUGAUAACAGCCCUGAUCUUCAUCUCACUCAUGGCUUUCAGCUGUCCUCAGCCACCAUUGAGAGAAAAGGGUGAACUCAGAUCAAGGUUGGAUCUCGUCAACAGCUGCAACCAGAACUGUUCUUGUGCGACCGAAGUGUUUCAUCCAAUAUGCGAAGGCAAGACAACUUAUUUUUCGCCUUGCUUCGCCGGAUGCUUCACCAAAGGAACCAAUGGCACAGCGCAAAGAGGGACAUACGACAACUGUAUGUGCGUCGACGCAUUCGACAAUGACGGCUUGGCCCGACGAGCAAAGGAUGGAUUCUGCGAAAGUGACUGCCCGUUCUUGACCUUCUACAUAUUGCUGCUGUGCAUCGCCUAUGGGUUCUCAUUCAGCACAAAGGCUGCUCAGAUAGUCAUUCCACUCAGGUGCGUCGACCAGAGUGACAAGGCAUUUGCACUCGGCUUUGCUGAAGGAGUGCUGGCAUUAUUUUCGUUCCUGCCCUAUCCUCUGGUGUACGGCUCGCUCGUGGACUCGACGUGCGUCGUCUGGGAGGAAAGUUGCGGUCAGCGUGGCAACUGCUGGGUGUACGACCAACGCACUUUCAACUACUCCUUGCACGGCACCACCUUCAUACUGCUCAUGGUCGGCGUGGCCCUUAACUUCGUCGUAUUCCUCUUGAGCGGUCGGCUCGGUAACCUCUACGGACGGGAGAAGACCUUUGUGGCAGACAGGAGGCGAGUUCCAGUGCCAGGAGAGGCCGAUUUGCAUUCGUCAUCCAGAAGAUCCUCCAAGGGAUCCUUCAGGAAGCUGACGAGAAAUGAGAUCUUUCACAUGGUGGCCCCGAGCGAUCCCGACGAUGAGGAGUGAAAAAGCAAGGACGCCAGUGCGGUCCCACUCGCAACUCUUUGCCGGAAUAGCUCGCAGUGUGCGCACACUAGGUUCGCGUGACGGCAGCAAUUGGCAGUCGCGGUUGUCGCGCGAAAAACAGACGAUACUCGUCUGUGCCAGUUUGUUCGCUUUCAUGCCUUCCGUCAGUGAUGACUUGUUUUGUGGCUUGGUUUGAGUGACAACAGGUUUAAUGGGCAUUUAGAAUCAAGCAUUGUGUUCUUCUGCUGGAUCCAAACUACCUUUCGAAGAUCGAGGCCCCUUCUCUGCAAUGGCGCUGCCACUCUGCAAAGCAUUCCGGGUAGCGAACACAGCAGUCCCAGACAAUUUGCAUUGAGCAACGAAGCGCAUCUCGCGGAUUGUGGUACUGAAAGAAACAUUAUAUAGAGAUUGUGACUUCUAGAAGCUUUGCAAUGCGCUUUAUUUACUGCUUCAUAUUCACUUGCGCUCCAAUGUCUUUCGGCGGCAUGUAACAGGAGUUGCAGCAGACUAAGCAAUUAUAUAGUUUUUUUUAUGAUAAAUUAGACGCGCGCCCCAUCUCAAUAUCUACUUAUUAUGUGUAUAUAUAGUAUGGCUAUAAUUUGCCUAACUUUGGUUGUGACGAAGUCUCGAGGCUUGUGUUCCGAACUUGGUAUUGUCAGUACCUUGCAAGCGUAAAUUGCGAUGGCACCUGCGAUAAUAAGCCUCUGUAACUACUUUGCUUCUGUGUUAAUGAUGAUAUCAAAAACACCGAUGCUGAAAUUGUAUGCCCUGACUCACAGUCUGUAUUUUUUACGUUGGCAUCCUAAACUCUAACAACACAUACCUGAUAUAGUGCCAUUUUUCCAUGCGUAUUCGCAAGACUAGCGAUCGCAUAUUCUACCUUGAUAUAUAUCAAAUAUUUAAGCUUCCGCCGUGGUAAUGUGAUAAUGUCAUUUUUCAGGCUUCCAAGAUAAAAAUUCAAAAGUUUCACAUUUCUAUUCGAGAAGUUCCACUGAUAAAGGAUACUUCUGACAAAAAAAAAAAAAAACGAUGACAAGAAUACCACAGUGGCUGGCAACCAGGCUGUAGGUGGACUUCUUGGCAAACUCAGAACAGUGUAAAGGUGCUUCAAACACAUUGCUCAGCGCAAAGGCAAACAAAAUAUAACCUUACGCUAAUCAGAGCAAGACCAUACUACCGCAUGUACUCUAUUCUAAUAUGCACUUUUUUGCGGGAAGAUAUGCAAAAACAUUUUCUUGCUUGUUAGAUUCGAGUAUGAAACUAUAUUAAUGAUUAGCUGUCACCAUUGACAUUACACAUUUUCGUAAUAAAAUUCAAUCCACACGUC